AGCUUCCGGUAUUUGUGCCCCGUCCAAACAGGUCUUUCCUGUCCGUCUCCAUGCUGUGAACAGCUGAUGUGUCUCCUCUGUCAGAAAGUAAAGAAACUUUCUUUCUUCAGUGUCCGAGAAAACAGUUCGUCAUGACUAAAGACACAGUCCAGGGGUAAGAACGAAGUCAAAGUCUGCAUGUCAUUAAUGAACGUUAAACGGCAGUCAGAGCUCUGUUAGCUUCAGUUAGCAUUACCGGAUCAUGGAGAAGAUUGCAUCAGCAGAAGAAGAUCGACCUGUUUCACAGAGAAACUAAACUUUAAUACAUGUAGAGCUGCCUGUUUACAGAGUUUACCCUCAGAUAUAGGUUUAACUAAACUGUAAAAUAUCCUGUCAAACUGCAGAGUUUGUUCUCAGAAAUGCUAAAGUUGAAGAGAAGCUGCUGGACAGUUUUCCAUGUCUGUAAAUGUGUGUGUUUUUAUCAGUUUCAUUUCUUAUCAAAUAAAAGGAAUAACCUGUCAGAUAAAGAGAGAGAGAGCUCCUAUAAGAUAGUUAUAACUUCAUACAGAGGAUUGUUUUCAGAUCUGAUGUGAGUUAAAUCUCCUUUUUUUCUAAGAUAAACUUGUGAAAGAAGAUAAAGUCAGUGUUACAAAAAGACUGUGAGUAAAUGUAAAUACGUACUUCGUAGAUACUGAAGAUGAUGGAUUAGUUAUGGAAGUCUUUGGUUUAAGUUAAAUAUGUCUAAAGUUGUUGUAAGUUUCCUAAUAUUCAUGAAACUGAAAACCUAAAUCUUUAUUGAAAGAGUAACUGGACUUGUUUGAGGUCUGAAGUCCAGUUUCCUUUUCAAUGACCUGAACCUACACAGACAUCUUCAGACUUGUAGGCUUCAUUCGUAUCUGUGGUCUGCUUUCAGACCUGUGUGGGCAAAUGUUCACUGUCAAAAUCCCCACAGGCCUCCUGUAAGUCCAGAUACCUGGUCAUGGAAAAACCCGACAACCGAUUACCUGUAAUCUCUGAACACUUUUACAACAUUAACCACUGAAACCUUUUGAUAAGUGCGAAGGUCGGACUCUUUACAGACUAAACCACCUGUUUAAUUACAGCUAUUAUCUCUCUCUCCAUCUUUGGCUCAGGAUAUUUGAUAUCACCUCUUCCUGCACUGAAGUAGGGAUUCAUAACUUUCUGUUUCUUUGUGCUUCUUAAUUCUUUCAUGAAGUUUCCAGAUGAUUAAAUGUGUUUACAUCCGUCACCAGUGGGUAAUGUGCUGCUCUGUUCAACUUAAUGACUGUAUGUGAAUAUGUGUUUGUACGUUUGCCGAUGGGCAGCCAAGCUCUCGGCCCAGCUGUCUCUGUAAGCGUGACGUGAUCGGGUGAAUUUUACAGAAGUUGUUCUUAAGUGGAUGGAAGACGAUAAAAUUCAGCAUAAAACACGUCACAGCUGUCAAAGACGUCACAGUUCAGAGAAAAAAGGCCGAAUUCAGACUUUAAUCUCAGAAUAAUUAUUUUAAAAAAUUACAUUGGACCCUUUUUUUGUUGUUGUUAUUUCAGUGGCCGUAAUCCUCGUCACUCUUAAGGUUCAAGAUGAAUAAAAAAGCGUCAUGAUCAUUUCUGCUGGGUCCCGAGUAAACCUGGAAAAGUCCUUCAUGCUGUCAUCGUCUCUCUGUUAAAUUACUCGAACCCCCUCCUCUCACAAAUCUCUCUCUGGCCUCCUACAGCUCAGCUUCUUACAGGUUUUAACCAACACCAUCACAUCACCACUUUCCUUUCCUCCUUUUGCAUUUCAGAAUUGAUUUUAAGAAUUUACCGAUCACUUGCUAGUUUGGGUCCUGUCAGGAGUUAUAUUAUAGACAUGUUGACACCAUCUGAGCCGUCCUGUCGUCUGAGAGCCCUGCUGGUCGUUCCAAAGUCGAGGCUCAAAUCCAGAGCAGAUUGAGGUUUUUCUAUCAGAGCCCCUCGACUCUUAAACGACCUUCCUGAGGAGAGAAGGAGUGCAGGAUCACAGACGUCUGAAAACUCACUUUUACAGACUUGCUUUUAAAUGGAUUUACCUUUUACUGACUUUUCAACUUUAACGAAUUAUCCUUUAUUGAAGAACUUGUACUUUUAUGCUUUUUUUUGGCUGUCUGUUUGUAAGUCUUCAUUUGGUCCUCUCCUGUUCUGUCUUUGAACACAUUUACUUUCCUUUUCUUUCUUUUCCUUGUUUGUUUUGUCCUCUUUAUGAGUUAUUGAUUUAUUUCUCCUCUGCUGUCAUAAUUGAUAUUUACUCUGUUUUUUCCGUCAAACAACUUUGUUAUUUAAAGGUUUUUGUAUAAAUGAAGUUAUUUUUAUUAUUAUGAUUGUGUGUAAAUGAAAGACACUUUAGCUUAUUUGAGAGUCAAUGUUAUCAUGUGUAGAUAAAUGUGUUUUUCACAUAUUCUCUAUAUUUACAAACUAGACUAGACUAAAUCACAAAGACUUGUGGUCCUGUCUCCUCAGAGUUUUACUCUUUAUCUCACAUUCUGACCUGUUUUCUGCUCCACUCUGUCAUCACGACUUUUACAAGGCCAGGCUUGUUUUUGAAGUAACAAUGGCAUUAAGUAUCAAAGACCGAAAAUCCUGUGUUGGCAAUAGCUGACAAUAAAUAUUCCCAGGAAGUCACAAAUGUCCGAUGGGAAGCAUGAAAAAUAGUAGGUGGAAGCUGACAAAAAUGUUUUUUUUUUGUGUUUUUUUUUUGUCUCUUCCUGCUGUAGAGCGAUGGAGGAGGAGCAGCAAGCCCAGUCAAAGAAAGCCCUGAAGAAACAGCAGAAGGAGGCUGAAAAAGCUGCAAAGAAGGCUGAAAAACAGACCAAGCUGGUCAGUGUUUAUUCCUCUCUUUUGUUGUCGUAUCCGUCACUUCCCUCUCAGGGCUGUUAAAGCCGUGCCAUACAGCUCGGGUGGGUACUGUUGGUCCGAUGGGGUCGGUUAGCUGCAACAGGGACAAAGGGGACCAUUGUUAAAGGAGACCCAUAUUUUUACCUUCAUGUGAAACUAAAAAAACAACUCAGUGCAAAACAUGUUCGCAGCUUUAUUUCCAGAUUCACAGACUUUAAUUAAAGCUGAGUAAGCACAACCACAUAAACCAGCCAGAGACACAUAUUUAACAAUCUUCUCAUGAACACAUUUAUACCUGAUAAUGGACAACAACAAAAACAAAUCAAUGCUUCACUUAUUAAAGGGUAAAAGUGCAAUUUCAGUUAGUAAUGAUUCCCAUCAUGACUGUAGGAGACUCGAGGUCCUUCCUCAGACCUUUUGACCUCUCAUAGUCUGGUGAAGUAGCAGGUUUGAGUUAAAAAUGUAAACCAACAUAAACAAAAACUAAACCCUUAAACCUGAAAUCAGCUGACCGGCUCUGUCUACACGAGAUAAUUUCAUUUCAUCGUACUCUUUGAAACCAGCGGCACAGAUCACAUCAAGUUUUUCUUGUGUUAUUUUAUUGCUUUUAUGUAAAGCACUUUGGGUACCAUUUGGGAUAUUGUAAAGUGCUAUAUAAAUAAAAUUUGAUUGAUUUGAUUGAUUGAUUGAAGUAGAAAAUAAUGUUUCCCCCAGUUUUAGCUGCAUUUUUUCUCCUCCUAAGCAUCAGUGAAAUACCUGAAUUCACUGAUCACCUGGAUACUUGUGCAGCUUUUUGACUUCUCGGUGCACCACGGCUCAGACUGUAUUUUAAGGCACAGCAAAUCCAAAUGAAUCUUCACACACCUCAGUAACAGCAGACGCCUUAUUCGACAAAGAUGAGGACCUUUUUUUACAAACCUAGAAGUCAGUGAAAACUCAAGAAUCUUGUUAUAAAUGAAAACCUACUUCUGCUGCUGCCUGUACUUAUUGUCUGUGUUGUUGAGAGCAUGUGUAGAGCCCUGGUAGCACAAACUUUGACAGAUUUGGACAUUUUGAUGUUUAAAGUUCGUUGAUCCCUCUCAGAGGACUGUCUAAAUGUGUGACUCUUUUGUUUUUUCAGGCAGCUGAGCAGCAGACCACAGAGGAAGAAGUAAGUAGUUUGUCAUCCACUUCCCUCUCUGUCCAUCUGUAGUUCAUACUGAGCUGGAAACAGCGCUGUAACUCCGUCAUCACGCUGCUGAGUUUUCAUUUUGAUCCUGCUGCAGCGUGAUAAACGUGUCCCAGUGUGAGUUCACUUUAAAUCAUAGUAUUGCAGAAACAUGAGCUUACACACACAGAGCACCCACAGCUGUGUUUGACCACCAUCCCAUCCACUAAAAUUGAGACAUAACAGGGGCGUAAAUAUCACACCUUGAAAUGACAACACGAGACGCAAACACGGCUUAUGACUCAGUCGCUCUGCCUUUAUCAACUUACAUAAUGUGUGUGUGUGUGUGCGUGGAUUUCAGCAGACUGAACAGGAUGUUAUUGUUGACCUUUUUUCUCUGUUGUUUUCAUGGGUCUCUGUUUAGUCUCUCUGUCAGACAGAUGCUCAUGAAAUCCAGGUGGCUGCCUUAGACAAUCAUAGAGGGUUGAUUUUCCGGCCCUUAAAGCAGUUAAAUGUUUUAUUUGUCUAAUGAAAUAUCUGAUCUCAGCUGCUUAAAUCCCUUUCAUUUAUUCUUUCAGGACUUCGCCAAGGACCGGUAUGGAGUAUCAGCUAUGGUCCAGUCCCAACAAAAGCUGGGUUAGUAUGGAGGCUGCUCACAUCACUCUGUUAUAAUGACAGGAGAUAGGAGAGAGGGUGGCUCCACCGUCAUCAUGACCUGAAACACUGAUCCCUUAACAGUGUAGUGUUGGAGUCCCAGUGUCAGAAAUGAUCUUUUUUAAAAACUGGCAUGUGAUGAUGUGUGUAGGUUACAAUACAACACUUAGUUUACAACAUCCAGAGUCAUCAGUGAGGCAGAGUUUACAAAACACCAUUGGUUCAUCACCAAAGAGCACAGCGCUCCAAACUAGGCUCCCUAAGAUCACGAUGUAUUUCGUCAUAUCGUCUGAUCUCGAUUAUCAUCAUGGUUGUUUUUAAAAUGCCAGUUUUAAAGCAUCUGUACUAAACACUAAAGAAACUAGAGAAUAUUUCAACAUUUCAUUAACAUACAAAGAAAAUAACAAAGCAAAUAAAAUAAACUUAAAAAAGAUUGAAGUUUUUAACUCAACAGUACAACAAAAGUAGAUAAAUACUAAAUAAUACAGUGAACUAGUUUACAGUCCUGAGUGUUUUUGCUGGUAUAACAGACCCAAUAUAAACAAACCCCCCUCAGGGAUCAUGAAGACGCCUUACAAAUCGAACAUUAGGGGAUGUAAACAUAGAUGAUAUGAUUGAUCGCUGCUUUAGUCUGGUGGCUGCACUGCUAGUUGUAGCUAAACUGCUAAUGCUACUCGUACAGACUCCGCCCACAUUCUCAGGCUUUCUGCAUCAUCACUGGGGAAGAACUUCCUCAAAUCACUUCACAGGUCUGUUGUGUUGUCGGUUUUUGAGGGCACCAACUGCCGCCGUAUCUUACACAUCAGCCUCAUUGCUCGACGUCACUUUGGAGACACCUAAACCACCACCCAGCUGACGUUGAGUAACUUUUCUUCUCAACAAUAACAUCUUUGGAGGAUGACUCAAAGUCAUGGCUGACAUCUGUUUCGCUGCCCUCAGCUCAGCGUUUAGCUCCACGUUCGGUUGUUCUGUUUACUUCUCCGGCAACCUACAGAAGUGAGCAGGAAAAACUCGACUCUGAUUGGCUGUGGUCACACACAUGCCCGCCACGUUUCAUCGAGUAAUUAUGCUCACAACUAAUUAUUGUGAUUGAACCAUUUGUUUGUUUGUUUGUUUUAUGAUGAUGUCGUUCCCAUCAUAUGAAUUGUUUAUUUUUACAGCUGAAAACUUGUCCCUCCACUUCCAUGGUUGGUCAUCUUAAGCUCCACAGUUCCAUUCAUGGACGAGUUCAAUCGUAACUGUUUUCUCAGACACUGUAAAUGUGUCAAAUAUUAAACUGAGAAUCAAACUCAGUUUCUUAGCUGCAAAAUUAUAGAGAGGGGUGCUAACUUCUUUUGAAAUGUUAGCAAACAACAGCAAACUGAAGGUCUGAAAUCUACUUUGUUGUGACAUAAAUGUCCUCGACUGAACAGUAACUUUCAUUUUGUCCUCAAGUGUGACACAAUGUCCUCCAAACACGAGCACCAAAUCAGAUCUUUUCUAAAAGUGUUUCCAUCGACUGUUCGGUGUUAAACUGUGGGUGUACACAUCUUCACGUCUCCUUGGUCUGCCUGUUCUAACUCUAUCAUUUCUGAUCAAACUCAUUAGUGAGAGAAGAAGGAGCUGCAGUGACAGUUAGUCUGCUGAAUCUCUCAGAUGUACCAGAGAAAAGACAGAGUUAUUGAAGCCAUCCAUCUUUCCAGUUCCUCUUUGAGCUAAAAUGGCAAAAAACAAAGUGGGGCCCUGACUUGCAUGCCAAACCCGGCCCUUUAUGACUUUGGGUGCGGGGGUGGGGAUUGAUGGUUUCAGAUCUUUCACGUGGGCUGAUCCAGAGUUUCCAGCCAAGGGGCGGCUCUGUUUUCAUAUGUGUAGCCUUUGUGUCUGCUCUUCCUGCUGGCUAAUAAGGUUAAAGCAUGCCACUGAGUGACACAGGUGAAACGAGAGUCAAUUAGUCAUACGGCCCACAGAGAAUGGGGGAGUUAGACACGUUUACCGCAGGCUUCUUAUUGUGUCUCAUUUUUUAGGCACAUCUGUAAUCUGAGCAUUUUUAUUGUCUGCUCAUCUUCUCACACACACACACACAUACACACACACACACACACUCAGUCACAUUUCUCUGCUCCUUUAAAGUUUUCAGUGAGGUGUCUUGCCAAGAGGUGGAAGAAGAGACGCAUUAAAAACCUUUGAAGUUCUACAUUAAUGUGUGUGUGUGUGUGUGUGUGUGUGUGUGUGUGGGUGUGGGUGUGUGUGUGGGUGUGUAUCUGUUUGUGUUUGUUUGAGCCAGACAGAGAAUUGGUGCGCAUCCAAGACCUUACUCCAGAGAAAGCCGACCAACUGAUCUGGGUGCGGGCCAGAGUCCACACCAGCAGAGCCAAAGGUGAGGUAACCUCCUCUUUGUUCACCUUUCUCAGCUCAUACUAACUUCUCAUUAGAGAAAGAAGAACCAGGAUCAAAUGCUAAUCCUUCAUGGAUUAAACCUAAAACCCUUCCCUCGGGCUCCUUUUCCAUCUGACUUCUUCUUUUAAUGAGAGAAACAGGAACAUCAGCUGCAUCAAUCGGUUCUUAAAUUCUCUAUGACCCAGAAAAUGGACAGAUGAUCGUCUUCAGGCUGAUUUGAUUCAAGGUUCAGAAACUCAAAAAAGAAAGAAACAGUCAUUACUGUACAAUUUCACAGCUGUCAGCACACUUUGACUUUCUUAAAGCAGCUUGUCUUCUCCUGGUAAUCACACCUGCAGCACCAGCCUCUCCUGCUGCGUUCAGCUGGUAACUGCAAAUCAAAUAAUGUGUCAGAGAUUCGUUUCUGAAAUAGUUUCUCCAUCACUCCACAGUUUUCUUGUUACUCUGCCGUUGUGCUCACAAAGAAAUAAAGACAUUCAGUAAUAAAGACAUUUGGUACUUUCUUAAUAUGCUGUGUUUGUGCCGCUUUCAUUCACCCUGAAUGGUCCACUUUUCUCCUGACAUGGGUUUUGUUGGAUAACUGUUGGAUCCUGAGGGGGCUGGAGGUUCAUCUUCAGUCAUGAAGGAGCAUCCACGUCUUCACAGACUGCUUGUUUUUUUCUGUUUUUUGAUAAAAACAAAGAUGCUAAAGUCUGUUUAUUGUUUCUGUCUUGUUUUUAGGGAAACAAUGCUUCCUGGUCCUGCGUCAACAGCAGUUUAACGUGCAGGCACUGGUCGCAGUGGGAGACCGUGCCAGCAAGCAGAUGGUCAAGUUUGCAGCAAAGUGAGUUUCAGUAAUGCUCUUCCUGUUAGGGAAGGCACAAACAAUGGUGGGAAAAUCCUUGGCCCUUAUCGUCUGCUGAUCCAUUUUCACACAUUCAGAGUGAGCUCGAGGCUGGAGGAAUCAAUCAUUUUCUCCUUGUCAACAAAAGCUGGCUGUUAAUGGGUGGGCUCCCCCCAAAAAAGGGUGGGAUACAGCAGUAUUGUAAUGGUCUGGUUCCUGUUGUGGUGGCGGACGCAGAGGCUCGGAAAAGAGGAGGUAGAAAAGUGUAAGAAGCAUCAUUAGUCAUUUCAGCAGAAUGAAGACCGAUAUCAGCUGAGAUGAACUUUAUUAAAGCGGCCUGAUGUCACCUCUUCAGACUGAAACUUGAUCUUUUCAGUGGGUGACUGAGUAUUAACUACACUUCACAAUCAGAUUUUAACCCUUAAGAAAUACUUAAAGUAACUUUAACAAAUGGUUUAUUUCUAAUAAUAAGAAGAAAGAAGAUUACUUAUAUUGCACUUUUAAAAACAAGAGUUUACAAAGUGCUCUAAGCAGGAAAACAAAACCCAGACUACAUGUCCCAAUGAGACUUUAUCAGCGAUAAUAAAUCAAAUAAAAAUCCAUGGAAGACAUAAAAGCUUUGAUGAGAGUCACCUGAGCUGAGACGUCAUGAAAACAAAGAUAAUAAACACAGGAACCCAACUACAAACUGCAUUUUAUAAUCCUAAUUUUGUCAGUACUACUCCUGCAGCACACUUUGAGGAAACUUCUGUCCAUAUUAGUGAAAAACAACCUCAACAGUCAUCGCAGAGUGUAAAACCUGGCUAAUAGCUGUGGAUUUUAAGGAACUUAAGCAACGGAGAGAUUACAGCAGUAAUCAACAAGUCUCCUCUGAAGUAAGAGCUAUCAUAGUCUUAGAGUCCAAAAAAAACAGGCAGUAAGACCGAAGAAAGACCAGACAUUUACUGUUUCAUCUCUCUAAUGAUCUUUACUGAGAGGAGCAGUAAAUCUGUCAAACUGCUGCAGUAUAGUUCCCACAAAGAGGGUCUGAACUCCACAGUCUCAUAUCGGGUCUUUAACAAAAUGUUUCCUUUUAAAAAAUGUUUGCUGUCAAACUCGAUAAGAUUAAAAAUACUUGAAAAGUUCAUUUUAAAUGUUGAAUGAUGGAAUUAAAGUGUAAACCUGUCCAUGCUGUCUGCUAACACUCAGAAGUAUCCAGUAGUUGAAUGAAUGUUAAACUAAAUUCCAUGGAUUCAGGAGCUGAGGUUGAACUGUCAAUGAUGAGAAAAUGACCUGUUCUACAUUUGAGCCCCGUGUCUGAGUUUACAGUCAAAAUCCUCCUGUCAGCCCAGCCCUGUGUCUCUGAACAUGGAGAAAAUGCUUGAGUUUCAAACAUGUCAUCCUUUACAGAUGAAUGAAAGUGUCAUUUGUUUUUAACUCUUUUAUCUGACUGUCUUCUCCAGCAUCACCAAGGAGAGCAUCGUGGAUGUGGAAGCAGUGGUGAGGAAGGUGGAGAUGAGGAUUGAGAGCUGUUCCCAGCAGGACGUGGAGCUCCAUGUCGAGAGGGUGAGUAUCCUUCAAACUGCAGUUUAUGAAUGUUAACAUCCAGAUCUUUAGAGGGAAACAAAAACAGCCUGUCUGAUAUUUAAAGGGACAGUACAGGAUUUAGAGAUAAUGAUAAUUUACUCUGUACAGCAGAAAACGGUCAACACAGCAUCAGAGUCCUGAGUCCUGUUGGGGUCCUGAUGAACUUAUACAAAAGUACUGCAGUUGAAGUGUCUCUUAUUUUGUAGACUUCCCAUCUACUCAAAGUGCUCUUUCCCUGAGGGCUGAAAUUGAUCUGCAUGUUUGUCCUGUUUUCUUAUGUGUUCUCCACACAUUGAGUUAAGCUUGUUGGGUUAGCUGUGAAUGGAUAACACGUAUAAUUAUUACUAUUCUGAUCCAGCGUCUGGACGGUUCAGUACCUUCGUGCUUUUCAGCAAAAGUAACUCUGGAUAAUUUGGCUUAAAUUUGACAUCUUCAGAGUGGUUAUGAUUUCAGGUUAUCAUGUGAAGUUGUGUUAUGAAUUUAUGCAGAGUGGAGAUGUUUAGAUUAGAGCUGUCCCGAUUCAUCGAUAUCGAUGAUAACGGUCUUUAAAUAGGAUGAAAGUCUAGACACCGUGCCGUUUAUCGAGCUGGUUCAGAUGCCACACGUCCCCAUCCUCUCUCCAUCCUGCCUCUGUUUCUACCUCUGUGGUCUGAUCAGAGGCAGAGCAGCUCCACCCCACUAUCACACCUCUGUGUGUUACACAUUCACAGUGUAGGGGUUGUGUGUGUAACAGGUGUAAAUAUCUCACCUUGAAAUGGCCGAGCUGAUUCCCCCAACAGGGACAUUCAAACAGACAGACUGUCCAAUGUGCAGUUUGAUCACAAGAAUAAAAAUAACUUUAUUUGUAAAAACAGAUGUUUAUAGAAGUAUUUGUAUCGAGCCUCACCAGACCGAUUUCAGCCUCACUUCCUUUAAAAUCUCCUUCAGUUUCAUCUGGACUUCAGUGUCUCGUUGUCCUCUGUAGUUAAGAGGUCACAUGUCAGAAGAACUGUUAGAAACCGUCAUCCUUGGCAUCGACUCUAUGUAACCACCUCCAUAACAUACAUAACUGAAUGGCUUUGAAAGCUCGGCUCUCUGUUCCUUUAGCUAAUUUAUUAUAAAUGUGUGACUGGUCUUAUUAUCUUUAAUAUUUUAUAGAGUUUGAUGAAAUGUUGGUAAUGGAUGACUGGAGCAGUUUCAGUAUUAGACUUAACCCGAGAGAGCUCAUGGUAAACAGACUCCCAGCUCGCUCGCUUGGAUCUCUUGUGUAACAGCAGUGAUUGGACACGACAUACCGAGUAACUUCAAAGAUCCGGUCCCCUCAUUACUAUCGCCUGCUGUCGACUUUGUGGGAAACGCCAGCGACAGUCUAGUGCCAGGCGUGGACCGUUAUAAAUUGUCCAUGUAUGAUAAGCUGUGGAUCCCUGACCUGUCGGUCCCCACAGCCGAGUCUUUCUUCUCAUCUUUGACUGUGAGAAGAGAGGAGAAUUUACAAAAGCUCAUUUAUUUCUCAUCUUCAUAACACUUACUCUUAAUUAGCUUCCUGAAUUCUCUGAUGUCUCUCAGUUUAGUCGGCCUAGUCUUUGCACCAGUUUGUUUAAGAUUCUCAUUUACCUCUCAGGACCUUUCGGGUCACCGGUGUCACUUCAUCGAGCUCCAACAGUUACAAUAGAUAUAGAUGGGGUCGAACAACCGUCAGUCUUUACAUUCAUUCCUCUUACCUUCUGUUGUCUCAGCAUUUAAUGUUUUUUUUUUGUGGUUUGUCACUUUCUGCGUUUUAAUGAUCUGAUUCUUCCUCCUGCCAGAUUUUUGUCAUCAGCCAGGCGGAGCCUCGUCUCCCCCUUCAGCUGGAAGAUGCAGUCAGGCCUGAUGGAGAGGGGGAGGAGGUGAGGAUGACUGAAGGGAUGGGUGCAAAGAGUAAAGUUCUGUCACUGCAACAGAUUUCCAUCAACCUCCCACUUGUGAUGAUCUUUGUGAUGUCAGUCUGAGAGAGAAAAUCAAAUGAUCUGUUAUCAUGCUGUUAAACCCACAAACUGAUCCUAGAACAGCUACAUCCGGAGGCCUAGUACAUGACUUCACAUUGCUACACAGUAAUCCUAGUACAACCUCCACAGUAAGGGAAUAAAGCAUAAUACUUGUUAAUGUGCACGUUGAUAUUGGUUAAUAAUGACAUUUGAAAAACAUCAAGUUCUCAAUAAAUCGUCACGUUUGCUAAUAUGAAGCUGUUUUCUGUCGACCUCCAGGAGAGCAGAGCCACAGUCAACCAGGACACCAAGCUGGACAACAGGGUGAUCGAUCUCAGGGUAAGUUUGUCACAGAAAACUUUCUGUCUCCAUGUAGAUGAUUAUCAGGGCCUGAACUUCAAGGUGGAGGUUUGAGGAGUGGUGAGAUACAAAAAGAUGCAAAUGUCCUAUUUGAAGGCCACCUCUAUUAAACAGUGAUGUUUGACUGCAUCCUUAAUGGUUGAAAUACAACAAUAACUAAAUUAAUCUAAUCUUGAGCGUUUUAUUCAAUAAAGAAAUGAAUAUUUUUAAAACACUUCUUGGAGAAAUCUGCAUCUUUUUAUGUUUAAUUGAAAGCAUCUGUUCUGAAUAUGCAAAACAAAAAACAACAGUGUUCAAAUAAAAAGAGAGAGAGACUCUGAUUUAAGAGGCCCACGGUACGGAGAGUUUGUGAAAGCGCCAUCGGAGACCAAACCAAGAAGUUCCUGGUGUUAAUCUCAUACUCCAUCACCAUCACCACCAUCACAGCGCAGGGUUACCCGUUAAACUGACUGUAGCUCCUGUUUCUGUGACACUGCACCAUGAACACAAAGACUCGGCUCUAGGCCUGUCGCGAUAAUCAAUAAAUCGCCUUAUCGCUCGAUAAAUAAAAACGAGGUCGAUAACUUUGCCAGCCUCGAUAAUUGACGUGCGUUUGUUUUCCUCCUCUCUCGCUACCAAACACGCUGGAUGAGAGAAGAGGUCUGACUCUGCGCAUUGUUCUCGGCACCUGGGGGCGUUGGCUCUACAGCGGAAUGAACGGAGUUAGUGAACCCUCCUGUCAGUCAUUCAGUGUCUUUGUCACGAGGGGGCUGGCGCGCACAGGCACACAGACACAGACUUUUUGGAUACAGUGCUGCAAGUGAGCGUCGUGAGUGAAAAGCAAGCUAACAGAAUGAACACGACAGCUUUGGUGUCUAAACCGAACGCAACAGCCCAAGUGUGGGAAUAUUUCGGCUUUAAACCAGUUUUGUUUUCGUCAAUCACAAAACUCCACGUGUGUGUGUGCGCGCGCGUGCGUGCGUGUGUGUCUGUGUGUUGGAGGAGCACAGCAGGCUGAUGAGAGCUGUCAGAGCGGACUGAAGCUGCUCCUGUAUGUUUAGCGUUUAACUGACUGAGUUUUGCAACUCUGUUCGUCAUUUUCGUCUCGUCCCAUCAACGUAAACGCACUUUCGUCUCGUCACAUUUUAGUCAUCUCCGACUUAUGUUUAGCUCGUCAACGUUACGUCUUCGUCGUGGGAGAAAAGGGAAAUAUUUUAGUCAACGAAAACAACCAGUGUUGUUCUCGUGUGGAAAUUAAAGUUUAUCACUUUUGACAUGGUGUACUCGCAUUAUUAUGCCAUAUAAUAUCAUUAUCUAUAAUUUAAAAAAUGGUGUCAAUAAUAUCGUUUAUCGGCGAUAAUUUGUAGCACAAUUAUCGUCCAGCAAAAUUUGUUAUCGUGACAGGCCUACUCGGCUCUCUCAUCAGGUCUGGACUGAAGAGCCCACUUAAAGGACCAGAACUGAACAGGCAUCAGCAAAUAAAGGAGAAGCUAACCCCACAUUUGUCCUCAGAGUUUGACCCUCUGGUCUUUGUUUUAGGAUGGGUACUACACGUGUCGAUAUGAUUGAGUUCCCUCCUAUGUUAACUUCUUUUCUUGAUCUGAGUUGUGUUACCCAGCGGUAUUUCAGAGGUACUUGUGUGAGGUUACUCAUUCCUAUAAUACUGCGAUUUUCUGUCUAGACAAAAGCAGAGAAGCUGCACUCGUCACACCCUCAUUUCAGACAGCAGAAAUUACUAAGACAGGAUCCAGUUGAACUGUCGUUGUAGGAAAUUUCAAUUUGACCUGCAGCUGAAAAGUAGAAUUCAAAUAAGCCCAGGUAUGAAUACUGAGUGUUAAUCCCUGUUUUUACAGUCAUUCCACAAUAGCGGCUUAAAUUCAAGGUACUGAUCCACCAAAAUCAAUAAAAAAUAGAUCAAAUAAGCCUUGAAAUGUGACUAAAGUCAGAAUAAAUACACUGUAAACAUUAAACAGAAAGCUGGCAGAUGUAAGGUCCUGAUCAGAGGUCAUGAAGUUCGACUCAAUGAUUAUCUAACACCUCAGCGUGGUGUAGGAGCAGAGUUCAGUUCUGUUGUGAAUAUAAAUAUGUAAAUGUGGUGGUGAAGAAGGUGUUUGUGAGAACAUGUUUGUGUGUAUCUGUGUGUGAGAGAGCAUGUCUGUUUGUGUGUCUGUUAGCACAGCAAAUAAUGGGAAACGGUCCAGCCGUGAACAGGAUGUACCAAAGAGGCUGUCUCCUCCCCAGAGACGUGCCAAAAGCGGGGGCUUCUUUCUAAUUCUCACAUCGUAUAAAGUCAGGUCAACCAGCUACAGGGCAUGAGACACAAAAACAAGCUGCAGGAGCUCUGAUCUGAGGCCAGCACGCCUGACCUGCUUUACCGCUCCCGUCUUAAAGAUUAUUGUGGUUGGAAUAGACAGGAAAGUUUUGACCACACAGGCCUGAAGCGUCGUCUCCAGAGAAAUGGGCUUACAAGGAUUUUAACAUUCAGUCCUUUCAGUAACACAAACCUUCAUGUGACAGAUGGGAUGUUUGCAUUUUUAUAUUUGUAAAACCUCCAUGAAUUAACGAUUCUGUUUGACCCCUCUCUUUACGUUUAUGUGCAUAUCCCCCUGAAGACUACAACCAGCCAGGCCAUCUUUCGCCUGCAGUCUGGAGUCUGCCAGCUCUUCAGAGACACCCUCACCAAUAAGGGCUUUGUGGAGAUCCAGACCCCUAAAAUCAUAUCAGGUACAAAGUCACCCACCGCUGUACUACCCCUGCCCCAAGAGAAUACUGAGAUUUACAUGAAUGAUGCCGUUGUUAUGAGUUAUUUUAAGAGUUGCGUUUGUUUCCACAUCCACACCCAUAGGUAACAUGUGAGUCAUUGCGUAACAGUUGUAAGGUUGACACCCUGUCUGGUUUAUCAUUGUUUACCAUCGAAAUUAGGAACAACGUAAAGUUCAGAUGAGGCAAACAAAACUGUGAUAGUAAGUUUCGAAACUCAAACACAAAUCUCCUUGUUUUUCACCUCCUCUGAGCCUCUUGGUUUUGAAAUGAACUCUUGUGAAACUUGUCACAAUCUUCCUCUUUUCUCUAAAAAACAACCAAUCAAACAGCCAAACAGUCUUAAAUUCAAAAACUGCCACUCCUUGUAUUUUGGCGGCAUGAGGUGGCUCAGUACUGUGGGUUCUUUUGCAAAAACCGCAUCUUCCUGCCUGCCAACGCCCAUACUGCACAAGUCAAACGGUCUGUUCUGUGUGAAUCUCCGCCCUGUACUAAGGAUGUGAAAAAUAGAUAGUGCCCUCUGACGUCUGUUCUAUAAUACAGAACCACAGAUGUGUUAUGUAAGUUAUGUUUGUCUUAUGUAAUAUUGUAUUAUAUAUGACCUUAAUAUGUACUCAGAAUGUACUUGACAGCUGUCCCUGUUUAUUAGGGUUUAUCUUUCAUCACAUUAACUGACUUAUUUCAGUUGAAAAGUCUGAGCUUCAGCUUCUUUAAGGAGCCAAUCUGGACCUGUGAUAUAAAUCCAGAGUUUGUUCUGGCCUACAUUUGUCAAAAUGAUGAGUCUCAGUUUCAUUCGGAGUGGGCACAGUGUCAGGUGUUUCUAUCAAACAUGUAUUCGUGUUUAUAUUCAUGUUUAUUUGAACUCUUGGACAGUAGAAUCUAAUGUCUUCAUGUCCUUCUAGCUGCCAGUGAAGGUGGAGCAAAUGUCUUCACGGUGUCUUACUUCAAAACCAGCGCCUACCUGGCCCAGUCUCCCCAGCUCUACAAGCAGAUGUGCAUCUGUGCAGAUUUUGACAAGGUCUUCUGUGUUGGCCCAGGUGAGUCUGCGUCUCCUCUGUUUCCUGGCCUCGUGUCUUUGAUUCAGAGGAAAACAGCAGUAAGGAGUGUCUCUGUAACUGUUCAGUGAAACCUUCAUGUUGAUCAGACAUGUUUGUCACCUGUCGUCUCCACUGUGGUUAGAGCUGCGGUAAACCUACAUGAAAAUGAGACAUGAUAGGAAUUCAUGUAGACUCACUUUGAAGGUACCAGGAAUAAUCAUCCUGUUCAAUACAUGCAGGAUACAGGAAGCCGCUGUUUUUAAGAAGAACUCACAUUCCCAGCAUUCACCUGUCUGGAUCAGGUCUUCGAUUGCUUCCUUGUACAGCCAUUAGAGGUCAUGGAGGGCUGAAGGUCAUGGUCGAUUUUUAAGGAGUAGUAAUCUUGAGAAAUUCAACAUUCAACCGACACAGUGAAAGAUGACUAAAUUAUCCUGAUUUAAUUAGUCAGACUGAUUUAUAAAACAGUGAGAAGGUGUUGAAAUUAACACACACACACACACACACACACAAACCUCCAAAUGUGAUGAUCUCUACUCUUCAUGCACGUGUAGAUCAACCUCUAAUGGUUCCAUUUACACCAGUGCUGCGCUCAGAAAUGAGUCUGCUGGUGACUUUGCCCUUUCACGUUUACAGCACACAGUAAAAACUUCAUUAGGCGAAGAGAAAUGUUGAUGCUGGACGGUAAACGGACUGACCCUUCUCGUCGAGACGCUUCUUCUCCUGCUGACCUCUCCGGACAUCGAUGACGUGUUUAAUCGCUGUGAUUCCAGUUUUCAGGGCUGAAGACUCCAACACCCACCGUCACCUGACUGAGUUUGUGGGUCUCGAUAUUGAAAUGGCUUUCAACUACCAUUACCAUGAAGUGAUCGACUCCAUCACUGACACCAUGGUGCAGAUCUUCAAGGGCUUGAGAGACAAGUAAGAUUUGGACAUGUGGACACUGUUGGUGAUGUGUCGGCGUUUUCUCUCUGUUCUGACUUCCACACUUGUACUCAUUUUAUCUGUGGUCUGAAGAUCUUCAUUUGCUUGUGUUUGUGUGUGUGUGCUCGUGCACGCUCACGCUCAUGUCCAUCAGCUUUCAGACUGAGAUCCAGACGGUGAACAAGCAGUUUCCAAGUGAACCUUUCAAGUUCCUGGAGCCCACUCUGAGACUGGAGUACACCGAGGCCUUGGCCAUGCUGCGUGAGGCCGGGGUCCAGAUGGGUGACGAGGAGGACCUCAGGUUUGACAACAUCACAGACCUUCUGCUUCACAUCAGCUUAUUUUUCAGAAGAAAAAAGAAAUCCAUCCAUUUGAGCAGAGGUUUGAAGUCAUGCACAUUAGACCGAUUACUCACUUUAUUUUGAAAACAUACAGCGCACAGAUGAGCUCAUCAAAUUCUGAGGAUUGUUCUGUUUCCUGUACAUUUAUGCUUUAGUAUUUUACCAGAACAGGGUUCAUGUGUUAUCCACACAUAGUGAGCCUGAGUACAGCAGGAUAAAAUAACACCUACUUCAUCAUUUUCACAUGCAUGCCUGUGAUCGUACAAACGUUGUAAAUCAUUGAGACAGAAUUAGCGGUUUCAUCUAAUCACUGUUUUUUUUUUUUCUGUAGUACUCCCAACGAGAAGCUGCUCGGUCGUCUCGUUAAGGAAAAGGUACGUUUGAUGUAUUUAAAAAAAAUGAGUCAAACAUGAAGACUGCAUGGCGUGAUUUGGUUGUUUUUGUUGUUGUUGUUGUUGCAUCAAAACACCGAGACAAAUGUCCUGCAUGUGCAUACUUUCUUACACAAGUUCUUAAUAGUAGCCGGUUUAUUUUUGGUUAUAGUCACUCUUACAUGCUGUUCAUAUCCUUUACAGUAUGGUCCGUGGAAAACAAGUCCAGCUUUUAAACCAUUUAUUAGAGUAACAGGAUGACUCGUUCUUAAACGGUGUUUCAGCAGGAAAUAUAUAUAUAUAUUUUUUUUUAUUGUAAAAAAUAAAAAUCUGUUAUCACACGGUUUAUCACCGUAACUGUCUGUCCUGAGGAGUAAAAGAAAAUGGAGGUAAAAACUGUGAUUUGUUGUAAUUCAUCCAAAAACAGAACAUUGAGUGACUGUUUUUCUUUGUUCGUAGUAUGACACUGACUUCUAUGUGCUGGAUAAAUACCCACUGGCUGUGAGACCCUUCUACACGAUGCCCGAUCCCAUCAACCCUGUAAGUCUUUUUGACUUGGACACACCUGUAGGCCGACGUUUCCUCAGUUCUCGACCUUCAGAUCUGCUGUGUUCUCUAAGAUUCAUCCGCUCUCUUGUUUUACCAACAUCAUUUAAUUUCUCACUGGUUUCAGCUUCUGGUGUCAUUCAUGCAACACACUAAACACACGUGUUUAUGAAUGUUCAUGCAGUUCAGUCCUUUUUUAUGGCGAUUCUUAGUGAAUCAGGUCCUCACUGUUUUGUCUGUCAGACUCUAACUGAACAUUUUCCCCUUUUUUCUGCUUCUGCUCAGAAAAACUCCAACUCAUACGACAUGUUCAUGAGGGGAGAGGAGAUCCUGUCUGGAGCUCAGAGGAUUCACGACUCUCAGCUGCUGACUGAGAGGGCAAUUCAUCACCAGAUCGGUAAGACCUCUGAGUGUAGAGAUAUGAACCUUCUGGACCCGGGCUCCCUGAAUCACCUGCUGUUAACAGAAGGUCGGGGGUUUGAUCAGAUUAGUCAUAAAAUGAUGGACUCUGUUCACAGCAGCCUCUGCCAUCCGUGUGUGAAUGUUGUGUGAAAACUAGAGACGGAGAGAGAAACAAAGUUCAGUUACCGUUUGUAGACCCUCCAUAAGCUGGUCUGCACUAGGACUGCAGACCAGGUGUGAUAGGGUUUCCUCUCGAUCAUGGGAGAUGCUCCAUAAAUGACAGUUCUUUAUUAUUAACCACAGAAACAGGAACUGCUGUCAUCAAGAUCACAGAAGAAAACGGUCACAUGUUUGUAUAAAAUCCUCUUCAGUCUUCAGGAUAUUUCAGUGUUUUAUUCUUAGAAAUUCAGCAGAAUUGAAACAGCAGCUCCAAAACAAAUUUCUGCACAAUAAGGAAAUGUCCCCAGAUCAGGCUGUGAGUAUCUCUGGUAAUCUUGGGGGAUUUCUGUGAGUCUGACUCUUACUUUUGUGACAUGUAAACACCGUUACUAAAAGUCCCCACUUCCUGUGACUGUGAGUGGAGUGAGUCUCAAGUGUGAAGCUGCACCUGAUCCCUCCACCCUGAUGAAUGGAGCUUCACUGAGCUGUGGGCGUGACAUCAAACAGAGAGCGCUGCGUUUUAGAGUGGAGGUGGGGAGGGUCGGUUUGAUUCAGGGCCUCCGUCUCUCUGAAAGCCCCUGUUAUACCCAACUGUGUUACUAACCUGUAAAUCACUCUGUCAGCUGAAGGAUGUUUGUGUUUCAGUCACACGGCUGAAGGAGGUUUUGUUAUCUGCCUUUUUCAUGUUUCACUGGCAUCAGAUUUUACAUUUUUUAUGCAGUUUUAGUGUCAAAUCUUUUUUGUUAAACUCGGUGAAAGCCUGCAGUACGUCGCAUUGAGACUCAAAAACUUGUUCUGUUUGUAUUUCUGUUUAAAACGUGUCUUUGGAUCCAGUUAGAAUCCACUCAGUAGAUUUGAGGGUCCACAGAAAGCUGCAGAAACGUUAAAUAAUUAUACUAACAUUUAAUAUUUUCUUGUUUUAGUCCAUCAGGUUUUAGUUUUUAUUUUUAUCUCCAGUGUUUCCUAAAGGUCGCUCUUUCCUCAUGUAAUGUCUCGGUGUCAGGCCAUGUCUCUUUAACAAUAUAUCUGAAAUUCUCACUUUGUGUGUGCUUGUGUGUGUGCAUGUGUGGGUCCAUGAGUGGGUGUGUGGGUGGGAGGGAGGGUCGGCUUUUAUUCAACUUCAACUUGAUUUCAUUUAUAUGACACUUUUCCUACAAAGUUGUAACACAAAGUGACUCACAAAGCAUAAAAAGAAAAUGAAACAUUAAAAUCCCCAAGAAAACCCCAAACCUCCCACCCGCACAAUUAUACAAUUAUACCCACACACACACACGUGCACAUAGACAUACAUUCCCACACACACAAAUUUACAUACACACACACCUACACAGUUAGCAGCUGAUGGUGAGCAGUACUAAUCCAUGAUAUAAAACAGAGAGGUAAAGCUAGUGCGAUCUUAAUUAACUGAUAUUUUCACACUGAUAGACUAAAGGGAGGAGAGCGGGGUCAGCUGUAGGGUCUACUUUAUUGUUGUCUAAUUGUUGUUUUUAGCCUCUGUGUGUUUUUUGUCAGAAAAUUGCCGUACAAAUAAAGUUGACUUUGAAUUUGAAAUUUAGGGAGUUGGGGGAUGUAGUUUGUCUCCCUCUAAUGGUGACCAGCAGCAGCAGCUCACCCCUCUCUCUCUCUCUCUCUCUCUCUCUCUCUCUCUCUCUCUCUCUCUCUCUCUCUCUCUCUCUCUCUCUCUCUCUCUCUCUCUCUCUCUAUCUCUCUCUCUCUCUCUCUCUCUCUCUCUCUCUCUCUCUCUCUCUCUCUCUCUCUCUCUCUCUCUCUCUCUCUCUCUCUCUCUCUCUCUCUCUCUCUCUCUCUCUCUGUUUUUUUUCUGAACUCCAGAUCUGGAGAAGAUAAAGGCGUACAUCGACUCCUUCCGAUACGGAGCACCCCCACACGGAGGUGGAGGCAUCGGUAAGAAAACAGGUUUUUGUAACGACACUAUCAUCAGGUCGUAUCUGAAUGUGACUGCAGGGUGACUGUCUCUGCUCUGUCGCUCCUUCCAGGCCUGGAGAGAGUCUGCAUGCUUUACCUGGGCCUCCACAACGUGCGUCAAACCUCCAUGUUCCCCAGGGACCCCAAGCGCCUUACACCAUAAACCUUCAAACACGCGGCCAACGCCUCAAAUCACUGGACUAAAACAGGGAUCAUGGUGGUCAGAAACAGUACUAAUCCAUGAUAUAAAACAGAGAGGUAAAGCUAGUGCGAUCUUAAUUAACUGAUUGUUUCACACUGAUAGACUAAAGGGAGGAGGGCGGGGUUAGCUGUAGGGUGAACUUUAUUGAUUGGUUUACAUGGUUGUCCUUCUGUAACUAAUAACAUGUCAGAUUUUACAGACAGAACUGAGCUCGCUCGUCUGCUGUAAGCCUGUGGACUCGUAAUCUUUCUCUGUAGGGAUUUCAGAAGAACUCAUGAGACGUAUUUUGACACAAAUCUUUCCUGCACAGAUUAAAUACUAAUUAUUGAGCUCUCGAGCUGCAUUAGCUGUAACUACAUGUUUUAUACAUCAUUUGAGGAUUAAACACAAGCAAUGAGACUUUAAUUA